AUGACUUCGGAAGCUUUUCCUACUAUAGAUUUGUCAAAAUAUGACCAGCUAACAGAGGGAUCUGCUACUAUCCUAUUUCCUAAAAACAAGGUCUUUUACAAUCAUGUGCAACAAUAUAACAGAGAUCUAAGCUGCCUAGCCAUUAGAGCUUUUACUGAAUUGUAUCAGGAAGAAAAAGUCUUGUUGAGACGGAAGAGAAAUAAACAACCGGUAACAGAUGGUGCUCAGCCUAGUACGGAAGACGUCACUGAAACAUUGACGAAGGCGGAUGCAGAGGAGAAGGCCAAAAAACAGCCUUAUGCCAUUGUUAUGGAGGCAUUGUCAGCAUCAGGUUUGAGAGCUAUACGAUAUGCUAAAGAGAUUCCCCUUAUCAAAAGUAUCAUUGCAAAUGAUUUGAGUGCUGCAGCAGUGGACUCAAUUAAUGUGAACAUUCAGCACAAUCAGGUCGGAAACAAGGUGACAUCCAAUCAUGCGGAUGCCAUUCAAUACAUGUCACAACACAAAGACGAGUAUCACGUGAUUGAUUUGGAUCCAUACGGAUCGGCAGCUCCUUUUCUAGACUCGGCCAUGCAGGCAGUCAAGAACGGAGGCAUGAUGCUUAUCACGUGUACAGAUAUGGGAGUUUUAGCCGGUAACGGUUACCCCGAGAAGUGCUUUGCGCUAUAUGGAGGAUCUAAUGUUGGAGGAGAUGCUACUCAUGAGACAGCACUCAGGCUUGUUCUCAAUAUGAUAGCCACAACUGGUGCCAAGUACAGGAAGUCCAUCGAGCCUUUACUGUGCUUGUCGAUUGACUUUUAUGUGAGAUUAUUCAUUAGGGUUCAUCAAUCUCCCAUCAAGGUGAAAGAGUUGGCCUACAAUACAAUGAUGAUGUCCAAAUGCUCUGGCUGCUACUCGGUCACAGAGCAACGAUUGGGUAAGAUCAGCCAUAAUAAAAAUGGUAGCAAAAAGUUUGGACUAGCCACAGGUGCUUCGCAUAUUGGACCUAAUUGCAGCUUUUGUGGCUAUGUCAAUCACAUUGGAGGGCCAAUGUGGGCUGGAAAUUUGCAUAAUAAAGAUUUCAUUGAUAGAGUAUUGUCUUUACAGGCCAAAGCAGAUGAUAAGAUAUACAAGACAUUACCUAGGAUAAAGGGAAUGCUCACCAUGGCUAAGAAUGAAUUGGAUGCACAUUUCUACUUCAAGCCGACGUCGGUUUCCUCUGUUUUAAAAAUACCUGCACCUUCUAUAGAGACUUUUACUGGAGCAUUAGGAAACUUGGGAUAUCAUGCAUCGUUAUCACAUACUGUCCCCAACUCCAUUAAGACAGAUGCUCCCUGGGAGACGAUCUGGUUUAUCGGUAAGAAACUAGCAGAGAAAUGCAAGCUGGACAAAUCCAAAUUGAGUGAAACAACUGCAGGUUACAAAAUCUUGUCCAACGAUGACGUUGGAAAAGAUAUAGAUCUCAACAAGUUGAAAGCCGAGUCAGGAAGUACUGAUAUGGAGGAUUCUGAUUGGUUGUUCCAGAGAAAUGAAGUGAGUGACCAAGUGAAUCAGUUGAGAAGAAUCAAAAUCGUGCGUUUCCAGGAAAACCCAACUAAGAACUGGGGACCGAAAUCAAGACCCAAAUAA